AUGGAAGCAGGAACCGUCCCAACGCCGUCCGAGCCUCCUCCGCUCCCAUAUUCGCUGCAUACGAGGAAGAAGUCCAUUGCGUUCUUUUGGACGAUAUUCGUGAUUGAUACUCUAGCUCAGCCAUUGAUUCUCUACUGGUGUCUCUGGUAUCUCACGGAUCUAUCACCCAAUGUGGUCUUCUCAAUCGUCACCGCGUCCCUUGGAGGUGUCUCGGUCUUUGAAUACUUCUAUCGCCUCUAUAAUUUAUUUCGCAAAAACUCUCGCGCCCGGCCGCUAAACUCUCGGGUAUCAUGGCUCGAUUUCUUUCAAAUCAACUUCACCAUCUUGUGGCUGAUCUUGGCUGUCGAACUAGUUGUUGGGUCGGUCCCUGAACAACCAUACGUGCGCCUUAUCGCCAUGGUCCUACCAACCGUCAUGUUUUACUUCGGCAUCGUCUACCUUUCCCUCGACAUCUUCCGUAUGAUGGGCUUCAAGGCCCCAUUCCGAAUCUCUUCCACACCUAAAGGCUCUGUAAUGCCGACUGCAUUAUAUGCGCUUAUCGAAGAUGUGGUAGCCGUGGAUGGUGGUGGUGGACAAAUCUAUCGAUAUGCCCUCCGGACUCGAUACCUGUCGAGCCCUUAUUUCCGCCGUAUGCUCUUCGAGAUGAACUGUUUUUGGAGUGGAGGGUCUAUCAUAUGCGCUGCCGCCAUCACCGCCAUCAUAUUCACGGUCCAAGAAAAUGUUGCAUUCACGCUGGGCUGGUCUCUUCCAUUUGGCUGGGCUAUUAUUUGGACCUUGAUCACAAUCCCCUGGGUUCAGAGUGACCUGCGGCGUGAGAAGAAGGCUUGGGCAGAGAACCGUGGGCAGGGUGGCAUUCCUUGGGUUGACGACAUUAGUGCGCCAACUGCACGUACCCGAUUCGCAUCCGUUCAGGCGAAUGUGUGGCCCUGGACUCGUGAUAAGCAGCAAAGCGCCCCUUCGACGUCAUCUGAGGGUGCCGAGAAAUUACCAGACCAAGGCCCUGCCGGAGUCUCUAAUCCAGCCCACGAUGGGGGCCAUAACGAUGCAUCCCCCACUGUCCCUAGUGGAGCUUCUCACCAUACCGAUACAACUUAUGACGGGGCAACUCAUGACACCAAUGCCGAACCAUUUGCGGAGAAAUCACCCGUGUAA